AUGAUAUCAACUUCAAGUUGUUGUACAUCUGACUAUUAUUCAAGUAGUGAUAUUGAAUAUGAUUAUGAUGAUGUAGUCAAAGCUGCUCCACAACAUCUUUCUUCAAUAAAAGAAACAAAUAUUAUUCUUCAAACACUUCUUCAAUAUCAUCAUUCACCAUCUUAUAUUUCUUCUUCUAUUAAGUUUCAACAAUCAAUAAGAUUAUUCAAGUUAGUCCAAGAGAAUCAUUUAUCUAAUGAAAUCUUCAUUCGAGCUAAUGCUAUUCUUCACAAACUUCUUCAUUCAAUUUGUACAAAUGAAAUAGAUGAAUCAAUACUUAUAGCUUGUUUAUCUUUGGCAACAAAACUAAAUGAACAUUCUAUUCAUUCGAAUAUAACACUUUUCAAUAGUAAUACAUUAAUAGCGAAUGAAAACUUGAUAUGUAAUACACUUGAUUGGGAUAUUGAUAUAAUAACUCCAAUCAACUAUGUUGAAGCAAUUCUAUUACAUGUGUCGGAUUAUUCAAUAAAAGAUCGUCUUCGACCAUUGACUUAUGAAUUAAUUGUAUUAUGUUUAACUGAUAUUCGUUGUAUGGAUUUAUCUGUUUUAUCAAUGGCGAUAGGUUGUUUAUUGAUGGCAUAUGAACUGAUAAAUUGUUGUGAAUUAAUCCCAAAACAAGUUUUUGAAUAUGAACAAGAGAACAACAAGAUUUUAUUUCAGACAUCGUUAAUCUACAUUCGUCAAGUUCUUAUGGAAUAUUCUUCAUUGAUAAUUAAUUAUAAUUAUUAUUGCCAUUUUUGGAUAUUUACUGAUUCACAUGUUGAUGUUCAUUAUCGACAGGAUGGUGACCCAUCUACUGGUUGUCAUAACGUACCAUUAAAUAAUAUGACAAAAAUAAUUCGAAAAUUUGGUCAUUUUAAUUGUGAUACACCAAAUGAAUUAGUAAUAUCAGCAUUAUCUGCUGCGAAAAAAAUUGAUUCAAAUAUUGAUUUUAUUAUAUGGCUCGGUGAUGCAGCAAGUCAUUACUCUCCUGAUGGUGAUACGGUCAUAUCUAUUUAUUUAAAUUUUUCUCAAGAAUUAAGAAAGUAUUUUCCAAAAACCCUUGUUAUUCCUGUUUUAGGAAACCAUGAUGUUGUCUUAAAGACAAAUCGAUCAACACGUUUUAUAGAAUUUUAUAAUCAAACAAAAUAUAAUUUAUUAUUAAAGGAUGAUAAUGCACUUCAAACAUUUUUAAAAGGUGGUUAUUAUUCAAUACGUUUUCAAGCAUUAAAAACUAAACAACAAACAAUGCUACGUUUUAUUGCGCUUAAUACAGCAAUGUUUCUACCACAAUAUACAGAUUAUUUUGAUUUAAAUGAAGCUAAUGAACAAAUUGAGUGGUUUAAUAAAACAAUGUUUGAUGCACAGAAUCUCAAUGAUCGUAUAUUACUUUUAGCUCAUGUACCAUUUGGUAUAAAUGAAAAUUUAUUAUAUAAAUUUUACGAUAUAAAAUACGAACAAAAACUUUUAUCUAUAAUUAAUAAAUAUUCAUCAAAUAUAAUAAUGUGUUUAAGUGGUCACCGUCAUCAAGAUGUAUUUCGUGUUUAUACAUCAUUAAAUACAACAAUGGGUGUUAUUGGACAUCCACCUAUUAGUCCUAUUGGUUAUUUAAGUCAACCAUCAAUUCGAAAAUAUUCAUAUGAUAGAAAAUCACUUAUAUUAACUGAUUAUGAACAAUAUUCGUUAAAUGUAAUUGAAGCGGAACGUACACAAAAAGAUCAAUGGACACUUGCUUAUCGAUUUUCAUCAUGGUAUCAUCAAUCGAAAGAACUUACAUCAGAAAAUUUAUUUCAACUGAUUUAUUUAAUACGAACAAAUUCUUUUUAUUUUAAACGUUUUAUAUUAGCAAAACAUUAUACAGAAAAAAUAAUAUUAACAAAACAUCGAAUAGCUCAAACAUUAUGUGCAUUGACAUUGCUUAAUUUUGAUGAACUUCUAUUAUGUACAAGAAUAUUAGAAAAAAAAGGUAUUCAAUAUGAUAAUAUCGUUUUUAACAAUUCAUUAGAAAACAAUUUUCAUAUGAAUGAACAAUUAAUAGAAUAUAGAAUUAUUUAUAGACGUGUUGCACUCAGUCUUUUUAUAUUUCUUAUUAUUAUCAUAUGGAUUAUUUAUCGAAUUUCUUUGAAGUUUUUUUUAUAG